UCCAGCAGUACUUAGGAAAGACCGAGUGAAGAAGCGACAAGGGGUGGCUGUAUGACCCUCUUUUGGGGGAUCUGAUUAUAACAAAGAUAUAUACACACAUAUAUGCAAGCCCCGGCCGCAAGAUGGGUCAUAUGACGAUAAUAGGUAUUUGAAAAGCAUAUAUCUAUAUAUCUAUACAUUUAAGAUGCCUAUUUUACUUUUCCUGAUAGACACGUCCGCUUCUAUGAAUCAGCGCACUUAUUUGGGUACGACGUAUCUGGACAUUGCUAAAGGCGCUGUUGAGAUCUUUAUGAAGCUGCGUGCCCGAGACCCGGCUAGUAGAGGCGACAGGUACAUGCUAGUUACAUUCGAUGAUCCACCAUACGGCGUUAAGGCGGGCUGGAAGGAGAACCAUUGUACAUUUAUGAGUGAACUGAAGAACCUGCAGGCAUCUGGACUGACCACUCUCGGUUACGCCCUCCGUGCGGCCUUUGACCUCCUCAAUCUGAACCGCCUCGUCUCCGGCAUCGACAACUAUGGACAGGGCCGUAACCCGUUCUUUCUGGAGCCAUCGGUGAUCAUCACCAUUACGGAUGGAAACAAGCUGACUCACACCUCUGGAGUGUUGGAUGAGCUCCACUUGCCCCUGAACUCUCCCCUGCCAGGCAGUGAGCUGACCAAGGAGCCCUUUCGAUGGGACCAGCGUCUCUUCGCCCUGGUGCUGCGUCUCCCCGGUGCUGCCGUGGCCGACAGCGAGCAGCUGGGCAGCGUCCCCACCGACGAGUCUGCCAUCACCCAGAUGUGUGAGGUCACUGGAGGACGAUCAUACUGUGUGCAGACUCAAAGGAUGCUGAACCAGUGUCUGGAGUCUCUGGUCCAGAAGAUUCUGAGUGGUGUCGUCAUUGACUUUGAAAAGACAGGGCCAGAUCCGCCUCUGGUAGGCGAAGAUGGUGUGGUUGACACGAUCCGCCCCAUGUUGUCCUUCAGCCCACAUCCCUGGCACAGCUGCCACAAGCUCAUCUACGUGCGACCCAACCCCAAGACAGGGGUGCCCGUAGGCCACUGGCCCAUCCCUGAGUCCUUCUGGCCGGACCAGAACUCACCCACUCUGCCUCCUCGCUCCGCCCACCCCAUGGUGCAUUUCACCUGUGUGGACUGUGAGCCCAUGGUGAUUGACAAGCUGCCCUUUGACAAGUACGAACUGGAGCCCUCACCACUCACCCAGUACAUCCUAGAGAGGAAGUCUCCACACAUGUGCUGGCAGGUGUUUGUGAACAGUAGUGGAAAGCACAGUGACUCAUCCCAGCCCUUUGGCUACCUGAAGGCCAGCAACACUCUCACCUGUGUCAACCUCUUCGUCAUGCCUUACAACUACCCAGUUCUUUUGCCACUCCUUGAUGACCUGUUUAAAGUGCACAAACUGAAGCCAAACCUAAAGUGGCGGCAGGCUUUUGAGAUCUACCUGAAGACCAUGCCUCCUUACUUUCUCUUGCCAUUAAAGAAGGCACUGAGAAUGAUGGGAGCGCCCAACCUUAUCUCCGACAACAUGGACAGUGGUCUCAGCUACAGCGUCAUCUCCUACCUAAAGAAGCUUAGCCAGCAGGCGAAGAUUGAGUCGGAUCGCCUGAUCGUGUCUGUAGGGAGGAAGGCACCCCAGGAGACUGGUAUAAAGGUGAAGAACCACUCCAACACCCUGUCCCUGGCCCACCGCAAAGACUUCAAGCAGCUGCUGCAGGGUAUCACCGGGGAGAUGCCCCUUCGCCUCACAGACAUCAACUUCAAGGAGUUUGCCAGCUUUCAGAUUGCACUGCUCAACAAGAAUCUAAAGCCUCAGGCGUAUCGGAACGCCUAUGACAUCCCCAGGCGGAACCUUUUAGAUCAGCUGACACGGAUGCGCUCCAACCUUCUGAAGACGACUCAGAAACUCAUCAGAGGACAAGAUGAAGACUACCUUCAUAGUAUACCUGUGGCUCAGAUGGGCAACUACCAGGAGUAUCUAAAGAUGAUGCCGUCUCCUCUGAGACAGAUCGACCCUGACCAACCCAAACGCCUACACACAUUCGGCAACCCCUUCAAACAGGACAAGAAGGGGAUGAUGAUUGACGAGGCAGAUGAGUUUGUAAUGGGUCCCCAAAGCAAGAAGAGAGGGGUAACGGGGGACCCCAACUCAGGGGCUGCUCUGAAGAGAAGGCGUAGCCUGUCCCCUUUAUUGUGUCGGCCCCAGACUCCACCAAUCAUCACCAACCAUGUGGUGGGGAUGGGGCCCAAUGGGAACGGGGCCCAGGGCCAGCCUGGCCUCAUCAAGCCCAUCCCAGUGCACAAAGGAGCAGAGGGGAACAGCGUGCUAGGCACGGAGAGUAACGGGGAGAGUGGUCUGGGGCCUGAAUCAGGGGACAGCUGGCCUGGAGGGGUGAUGGACGGUGUGGGAGGGGGCACAGCUGGACUCAUCCUAGAGGAGAGAGAGGGGGAGAGGCCUGGGAUGUGUGCGGAGAUGGGGGACAGCGGGGAAGACAGUGGCGUGGAGGACGACAGGUUAGGGGAGGAUGGCCUGGACGAGCGGCCCCCCUCAGAGAGACAGCAGCAGAACUUUGAGGGGGGGCUGAGCCCACCGGACCAGGAGGGAGAGCUGGAGGGAGAUGGAGAUGGAGCAGACCAAGCUGAACCCGAGGCGGUUACCAUAGCCCCACUAGAUGGCAGCAAUGCUGAGCUGCGCACACGGGUCAUCAAGGAGGUCCGCAAACCUGGCCGCAACUAUGAGACCAUAUUCAGGCUACUGGAGGAGGUGAAGGGACAUGUGACGAUCCAGAGGUACUUCAUCUAUCACGCUAUCAAGGAGGCUGCCAGGUUUAAGAAGUGGGUGCUUAUCCAGCAGUUGGAGACAGCUCUGGAGGAGAUUGAGCUGCAGCUGCCUGCUGCCCACACCAACAACGACCACGGCAGAUAGUGAAGAAGAGGCCUGCAGGGGUCUCUGCUCAGAAACACAAAGACAUGGAGAGGAGCAGGGUACUCUGACACAUGGGCAAACACUUCCCCAAUAGGAUGGAAAGUCUGAGAAAAGGAGACAAGGCUCUCCUCAUGCAGGGGGCUGAGGUCCCUCCCUAUCCAUGUGCUGUGACAUCGUACCUCUACAGCACUCACACAUGGAGAUCGAGGGAGGGAGGAGGAAAGUUGGGCCAGACCAAUGUGGGGAUGAGUUAAGAGACAAUGUAAUCCCAUCCAUUAGUGACUGAUGCCAUUGCUGACCAUAUGGCCAAGUCAGUCUGUCCAAAGACAAUGAACUCAUACACACACACUCCUUUUGAAUCAGGUCUUUCACAAACUGUAGUGCAUUUCUGAUGAGUCAUUAUAGUACAGGGGACAGGAUUUUUCAUGUGAGGCAUGUAAUAAUGGAACUCUUAUUACAGCAAUUGUACAUGUAGUGUAAUAUUGGUAAUACUGGUAAUGACUAUUGACAAUACAGCUACAGGACAGCUGUGCACACAUUACAAUUCAGAGCAAUAAGGAGCUUGGCAUCCAACUGAUCAGAAGGUUUAACAUUAGUCUAUUUCUGUUUGGGCUAAGAAUAUACAUUUGAUGUUAGAAACACUGUGUACUAACUAUAUAGAAGCUGUGGCUCACAUGAGAAAUCUGAUAUACCGCCACUCUUCUAGGUGUUGUGGUUUCUUUGGGUAUUUUGUGUUGCAUGGGCCUGCAGGACAAUAAUACCAUGUCAAAUCAGAUGCUGACUUAAAAUGCCCUCCAUUGAUCAACUGUCCCAGCAUGUGAGCUGUCCUCAAAGCAAUAGUACUUUAUCACAAGAGGUUGGUGGCACCUUAAUUGGGGAGGACGGGCCUGUGGUAAUGGAUGGAGUGGAAUUGUAUCAAAUACCAUGUGUUUGACGCCAUUCCAUUCGCUCCGUUCCAGCCAUUAUUAUGAGCCGCCCUCCCCCCAGCAGCCUCCACUGCUCUUCAUAUAGAUUAUGAUAAGUAACAUCUGUGGAUUUGCAAUAAAACAUUGGUGCGGUCACUAAGAGGAUGCCAGCUGUUGGGGUCCCAUCUUGAGGUUCUGGACUGGAGCCUGGGCUACUCCCUCCCCCCUCUAGUAGUGCAGUACUGUAAAUAGGGAGCCAUUUGGGACGUGCUCUGAGUGUCAGUGUCCCCAUUGAUUCUCCCCUGGAAGAACUGUGUGGUCAACCAAAAUCUCUGCUCCCCCUUCGUCAGUCACUUGUUCCUGGACUAGCACAGCUGGUGAACAACCAACUAACCAUCUGCUGCAUUUCAGAGAACAAACACAAGUUACCCAUCUCUUUUUCUCCAAAGUUUCUUUUUUAAAUGAAAUAUGUAAAAAAACAAAUUGUUCAUAGAAAAUAUAUAUUUUUGGAUGGUGUCAUACCAGAACAUAAAACAUUUGAAUAUUGUGAAAGUAAAAGUUGUAUAAAGCCCAUUAAACUGUAAACUGUUAUUUAUACAAUUUAAAAUGUUAUGCUUCUUUUUUAAAGAAACAAAAAAUUAAAGAAACAGAUUUCAAAGGUUC